AUGCAAACCCGAGCCCUCAUCGUAGGAGGCACAGGCGGGAUCGGUUAUGCUAUCGCCCGCCACCUCGCGGCGAACGCCUCCUCCACUGUGAUCAUCAGCGGACGUACCCGACCUCAAAUCAUUCCCCAUGCCAAUAUCGAAUUUCGCCAGCUCGAUGCGUCGUCCAUGAGAUUGAUCAAGCAGUACACGGAGUCCUAUAAGUCCUCUCAUGCCCCGAAAAUCGACCUUCUUGUCCUCACGCAGGGCAUUCUCACUACUGCUGGACGUACGGAGACGUCUGAGGGUAUUGACCGCAAGAUGGCGCUGCACUAUUACGGCCGGCAACUCCUGAUUCGCGAGCUCCUGCCUGUAUUGACGGAUGAUGCGAAGGUUCUCAUCGUACUCGAUGGAUCCCGUGGCGAUCCGGCACAAUUGAACAUGGCCGAUCUGGAUUUAUCUGCCAACUUUAGCAUAGCCAAUGCAGCGGCUCACUGUAUCUCGAUGACGGAUGGGAUGAUCCAGGCAUACGCGAAACAGCAGACAAAGGAGAACACGAAGAAGCGCCAUUUUAUACACGCAUAUCCUGGUAUCGUUAAGACUGAGCUCUUUGGCUCUUUGCCUUGGUAUUUGAGAGCGCCUACCAGGGUUUUCAGUCAAAUUCUUGGCAUCACGUCAGAGGAAUGUGCCACGAACCUACUCACCGGUCUGGUAGAGGUUUCCGCUAUGAACGAGAAAGACGGCAAGUUCUGGACUUGUAUUGACAGCAAGGGAUCAUUGAUUGAAAACAAGCCCACUUGGACUGCUGAUCAAAUCCAGCAAGUCCAGGAGCAUACAUGGAAGAUUGUCGAUACGGCUGUUACUUCAUCCUCUUCCGAAUGA